AUGUUUUCGCGCCGAGUUCUGGUGAACCUAACGAGAUGCACCAGUCUUGAUAAUCCUAGAAAUUAUUAUAUGGCCAAUUGGAAAAGAGGCUACUUCAAGCCAGCAAUUAAGCGCAUACCGAAACGUAACAGCGUGCAAGACUUGGCCAGACUUGAUAGGUUUGAGCAAAUGAUGGAAAUUGACAAUUACGGCGUAACGUUGAGAGAGAAAAGUGAAUGUGUGAAAUGCUUUUACCCUCUGAAAUGCGACGACAUCAAAUUACCCAGUGGCAUAGCCUACAAGUUUAGCCAGCUUGAAGUUCUAGGUAAAGGUUUUCUCCAAUUUUGUCUCGUAGAGUCAUUUUUGCAUGUUUUCAAAAGGUCCUCGACGGACAUCGAGCAACAUGAUUUCAAUUUCGACGUUAAAAUGCGACAUCUCGGCGCAUCGCGCAGGAUUCCAAGGAAACUUCUUCAAAGGUAUGUGAAGGGUAAUUUCAGCAGGCUGGCAAGGCUCUCACAACCUCAGGCAAGCAUCCCUCUAAGGAUUCAUCGGGUCUAUGAUAGAAAAUGUUUUAACGCACUUUUCGGGUAUUUGACUUUGACUAACGAAUCUCAAACGGUGUGGAAUUUGGUGAAAGGUAAAAUAUCGAGGUCUAUUUUAAAAAACACAUUCAAUAUAUGA